AUGUCAAUUGAAGCCGCUAGUCUGGGGACUCCAAUCUCUGCCAGGGCCGGGGCGGGCGAGCCACAAGCUCCGACGUGGGCGCAGCGGGAGCCUGUGCAGUGGUAUCCCUACCCAUCCCUGGCACAGACACGCGCUAGGAGUGGCCGGCGGCAGCGGAUACGUCCCGCGACGCCAGGGGGCAAGCUGAAAAACGAAAAGAAAAAAGGGGCAAGGGCCAAGGCCAGGGCACCUGGGGAAACAAUACACCUAGGAAGGGUGCCCCGGACAAGUCAAAUGGUCCCCGAAGCCUCCGGCUUUGAUGCUUCUUUCCCCUACCAGCACAGCAAGCACCCACGACGGCCCGAGACAAACGAUCGCUGCGUUUCGCGUGUCCCCAAUCAAACCACAAGGCCUCAGCACGACCCCGAGCUAAAAGAGAAAGCUGCAGAUUGGGCGAGACUUGUGCGCUUGAUCGACCACCUUUCCCGACCGCCCAAGGCGCGCCACACUGUUCUAGCAGCCAAGAACCAGACGUUGCUAGCUCCCGCCGUGCCGCAACACCCAGACUCCCCCAGCCGUUUUAUAUCCUCUUUUAUAUUUAAUCUUUUCCCAUCGGGUUUAUCCGCACCGGCGGCGGUUGAAAGCCCGCACCACACCCGCACCAUCGCAGAACGGCGGCGGCUUGCAUUGAUGGAGGCACGUGCCCUGUCCCAACACUCACACUCGCAACAGUUCUCGUCCUACCCGCAUCACCUCGAGAGGGAGAGGACGUCGCACUCAGAAUCGGCGGCGUCCUUCCACACCGCCUCUUCCGGCGGCCACAAUGGCCUUGCCCCGCGCGGCGAAGGGGCUGGCACGUCGAGCGACUUGAGCCACGACGCCGCCUCGACCGCCCACCACACCACACGCACCUACAACUCGUCCGGGUCGUCCCUCCAGGCG